AUGCAACAACAACGUCGACGUCCACCUGUUCCAGCAUCACCUAUAGCGAUGAAUAAUAAUUCUAGUCGUCCAAUACGUCAAUCAAGUCGAAACACGUCAAUGACGUUGAGUCCGUGUUCUGGUUGUUCUCAACUAAUGUAUAAUCCAUUAUUAUCGAAUGUUCUUGAUCGUUUAUGGCAUCCUGAUUGUGUUCGAUGUUUUGCAUGUCGAUGUGUACUCAAUGAGCAAUGUUAUUCACGUGAAGGCAAACUUUAUUGUAAAGAUGAUUUUAUUAAAAAAUAUAUUCAUCGUUGUUUUUCUUGUCAAAAUAUAAUUCAAUCUCAUGAAUUUAUUCGUCGCGUUCGAGCAGGUCGAAUUUAUCAUGCUGGCUGCUUUAUUUGUUUGAAAUGUAAACGAAUAUUACAAGAUGAUGAUAUUGCGUCAUUAAUACCAUCGGAUGGUUCACCAAUGAAUGAUUUAGAUUAUCUAUGUCAAACAUGUUCAAAGUCAAAGAAUAAAUUAGUCAAAUCUUCGAUAGGAACAGCGCCAUCAUCGAAUGCAGAUGAAGAAGAAACAACCGAUAGUGAAAAUUCAAAUACAACAAACGGAAAAGCACUAACGAAUGACCGACAAGUCUCACCUACAAUGCAUAUCGAUGCUUUGCCAGCUGCUCAUUCAAUUCAAUCAUCAAUACCAAAUAAACCUAUACUUUCAUCUAUCGAACAAUUAUCUCAUCAAUCGAAAACUACAUUGGCAGCUGAUAAUAAAGCACAAUCCAUGCAAGUUGAUGAAACUUCAACAUCUAAAGCAUCAGCAUCACCUACUAAAGCACAUUCAUCAUCAUCGUCAUCAAAUUCAUCGACUACACAUCCAUCUGAAAUUCCAGAUGAAACAGAAACACCACCGCCUCCGCCACCACCUUCGAAACAUAUUGGUCGUCCUAGCAAAGCUCGUCAAAACAGUAAUAAUAAUAAUAAUAAUAAUAAUAAACGAGGACCAGCAAAAUCAAAAGCAACAACACAAACAACUCGUCAAAAACAAACAACUACGAAUGAAAGAAAAGGUCGUUCGCCAACAACAAGAUCAAAAUCAUCGACACCAGCGGCUCCAAAAACAGUACAAACACGUUCAAGUAAUCGUCGCAAUACAAAGACAUCACGCUAUCGUAAACGAAGUUAUUCAAGUGGAAGUGAUGAAGAUGAAACAGAUGAUGAAGAGGAUGAGGAUGGUGAAGACGAUGAUACAGAAUUUUCUGAAGAGGACAAUACACGUGAGGAAGAAAGAGAAACUAGUCGUUCACCUUCAAUAAAAACAAAAGCAUCGAAGAAUAAUAAUCAGAAAAAACCGGAACCUGAACCAACAUCAAUUCCAACAGCACAACCGAAAAUGUCCGAACCCCUAUCGUUACUUAGUGGACUUUCAUCUAACCCGAUGGCUGUUUCAUCUAUUAUUAAAUCUGAUAUUCCAACAGGUUUCAUGCGUCCUAAUUUCAAUCCGAAUUUUCCUACACCUCCACAAUUUCUACCACCAAACCAUCCAUUUCCACCUGGUUUUCCAUUACAACCAAGACUUCCAAUACCACCGCCAACAACAUUAUCAGUUAUUUCUCAAACACAACCUGGAUCUAUAUCCGAUACACAUCGGUCAUCUCAUUCGACGAAUGCUUCAGAAACAGAUUCACUUGACCGUUCAUCAAGUCCUUCACAAAUGGAUACAUCAACAAAUGCCGAUUUAGGUACAACAACGAACACACCAAAAAUAUCAGCUCUAUCUUCAUUGCUUGAAUUCGGUACAUUGCCAUCAUCAAAUCUUGAUGAUAUACGCCCAACGGUUCCUCCAGCAAAUCCUUAUCCAUUUCCAUUUGUCACACCAGGUCCAGGUGUACCAUUUUCACCUCAAGCAGCAGCUGGUAUGACCUCUUAUUUUCGACCACCGUUUAAUGCUCCACUAACAACGGCAGCACCAUCAUCAUUGUCUGUCGAUACAAAUCAGUCACCGAUAGCUACAACAAAACCAAAGAAAAAAUCUACUGCUAAGAAGAAGAACUCAACUGAAGUCGUUUCACAAAAUCUACUCGAUGAGUCGUCAUCACCACCUAAAAAGAAAGUACGCAAAACUAAUGCACGUGGUGGUAAAGGAAAAGCAAAAAAGAAUGAAGCAGAUAUUGAAAAUGAUGUUGAUGAAGAUAAUAAUUCACCACCACCACCGCCAGCUAAACGAAAAAGAAAAUCAAAGAAGGAUGCAAAGAAUGAGACAGCUGCAAAUGCUAAUGAUGAAAAAAAAGUUUCAAAUGAAACUCAAAAUAAUACUUCACAUAAUCUUCUUGCUCAAAUGGGUCUUAUUAAUAAUUCAUUUAUGCCACCAACACCACCACAACAAUCGUCUUCCUCGACCAAUUCAACGCCAAAUGCUCAACAACACGCUCAAAUAGCAGCUAUGUACAAUAUGACACCACAUUUUGGUGCCUAUAAUGCAUUUCCAGGUGCAUUUAAUCCAGCGUUUCCUGGGGCUGCUUAUCCAGGUGGUUAUCCACCUCCGUAUGGUUUUCAUCCAGCAUUUGGCACACCACCAACAGGUCAAUCGUUUCCAUUUAUGCCACCUACAGCAAAUACAUCUUCAGUUGCUAAUGCCUUAUCACUAGCUUCUACAACAACGACUUCAUCGCCGUUGACAGACGAUAAGCCGGCAGCUUUAAUUGUACCUGAAACACGACCAGCAAAAUCAAGAGGUAAAAAUAAUACUAGUGGAGAGAAGAAAAAACCUGCUACUCCUCGAGCAAAGAAGAAGAAAGGAGCGAUUGUUGCGGCUGAUGAUAGUGCGACUGCUGCUGCUGCUGCUACACUGAUACCAACAACUGACAAUGAACCAACCACACCAUCCACUGAAACAACAGCAAAGACUACAACAACAUCCGAAUCAGCAUCUGCAUCGUCAUCAUCAGUAACAACAACUAAACGACGUAUUAGUGGUACUGAAAGUGAAGAUUUCGACGAGCAGAAUGAUGAACAACCAUCACAAGCAACAAAUUGUAAAUCAGGCAAUGAAUCAGAUGGUUCAGCAGGUAGUGCUGAUCGCUCAUCGAGCACUGCAAAAUCAGCAUCGACAUUAGCGGAAAAGAAAGGCGGCCGUACAACAAUAAAACCAGCACAAUUAGAAAUUUUAAAUAAAGCAUUUGACUCAUGUUCUAAACCAAAUAAAACUCAACGGGAACAAUUAGCUACCGAUACUGGUCUUAACUUACGUGUUAUCCAAGUUUGGUUUCAAAAUAAACGAUCGAAAGAACGUAAGGAAAAAGCAUCAAAAGAAAAAGAAGCACCUCUAGACGACGUUGAAGCAGGCGAAGAUUCACAGCCACCAUCACCACCACCACCACCACCACCACCGCCGCCGCCACUGCCACCACCGCCACCACCACCAUCAAUACCGGCAUUGCCAUCGGAGCCGUCCGAAGAAACUGAAACAAUGCCAACAACACCACCAGCACCACCAUCACCACCUGCACCUGAACAGGAACCGACUCCUGAACCAACACCGGUCACUACUACCGGAGCGUAA